AUGGAGAAUUGCGAAAUUAGUGAUGAUGCUAGUGAAAGUGAUUUGGUGAUCUGUCUUCCUUCAUGGCAACGAACAUCCAACGAUCCGAUGCUUUCCGGGAAUAAUGGAUCAUUUGAUGUCGAAUUCUCCGAUUUUAACACUACAUUUCUGCAAGCAUCACCCUCAAUUCCUUCCUAUCAAAUCUAUCUAUCUUCAACUUCCGAAAUCGAUCAAUCAUCGAAUGAUGAAGAAAAAUGGCAGUACCCAGCACCACCGGAUGGCUUGGGGAAACGAGCGAAUGGAGCCGGCUGCCCACCGAAACACAACAUCGACUUUGCGAAACUCGAUGAGAAACAAUUAGGCAUUUGUGAGAAGAUUUGGGCUAAAUCCCGUAAAACCUAUGAGAAACUAGCGAAAAACGAGCGAUAUGGAGUGAUGAGCCGACAAACGGUUGACUUUAUUUGGAAAAAGUGGGAGUACAUCUUGAAAAGACUCCGCAAUCAGAAAUCGGUCAAGAAAUCCAGAGAUCGAUCACAGAAAGAACUCGCUGAAGCCGUGAAUUCUUUCGAGAAAAUGAUUUCCAUUAUCGAGAAAGCUGACAAAUCAAACUCAUUAAGAAUACAACUCGAAGCGGAACUUGGGUCUUUUUAUCAACAAAAACAGACUCAUCUCCUUGAAACGUUUCAAAAAGCCAUUGGCGCAGAGGAAAUCUCGAUAAUUCCUCCAAAAUCGCGAAAACCUCGAGGAAAAAAGCGA